AAAAGAAGAACUCAAAGUUAUUAACUGCCUCAGCAGUGUUUCUUCCAGUUCACCCAAUGAUGGUUUCAGUUAUUCAAACUAGGAUGAUGGAGCUUACAAGGGAGCCAGAAGCACCAGACAGGGCAGUGGCUCAAUGGCAUCUCUGGAAGAGUGUAGUGGCAGAAUGGUGUGCCGCACUUGAAGAGGAGAAGAUUGGGAGAUUUCGAUGUCGGCAACGGUGGAAUGAUGCGACAAAAGAGGGGAGCACACAGACAAGCUUUUGGUGGUUUGAAGUCACUCCCUCAAAGCAUCAGAAUGAGUUUCCAUCAGUGCCUCCUGUAAACUCAGCUUACUCUAUCCAGUCAGAUGCAGUUGAAAAUGAAUCAUAUCAAAGCUCCCCAAAGUACCCUAGCAGACAGGGAGGCUUACCCUUCAAAAGCAGUGCGAACUGAGUAACUUUGAGCAUACUUUCGAAUACUGGUAAGUGGUAACUAAGAGCUUUGUCCCUCUCUUUUGCUUCUAUAAGAAAAAAUUAAAGA